AUGAAGAUCUCAACAUAUGCGGCCCUGGCCUGCGUUUCUGGCGCUGCAGCCAACGUGACUCGCGUUCCGCAUCAGCUUGCUAGUGAGCCAGGCGGGACAGCACCGCCGGGUACAACUAACCAAUGCACUUUCUGGUACGAACCAGUGAAGGGCGAUACUUGUGCUUCCAUUGAGUCUGACUGGGGCUUGGCACACAAAGACUUUGUUGCCUGGAAUCCCUCUGUCAAGGAUGAUUGCAGCGGCCUCAAGGUCGGCUACUCAUACUGCAUUGAGGUGAACAAUGGCGGCAGCAUCACGACUCCUCCCCCUACAUCGUCGACAACAACAACUUCCACGUCUACAUCUCCACCACCGCAAGUCCCUUCGCCUCACCAGGAUGGCAUCAAGACAGACUGCAAGACUUACUACAUGGCUGUCAACGGCGACACCUGUGCCAGCGUGACCGGCAAGUACGGCCUCAGCCUGAGCCAGUUUAUGCAAUGGAACCCGGCUGUGGACCAGAACUGCAACGGCUUUUGGGCGAGCUACUACUACUGCGUCGUCGUUGACGGCGUUACGCCGACUACCACGUCUUCCUCGUCGCCAUCGGGUUCUCCGGCUCCCAGCCCUACGCAGAGUGGCCUAAUCGCUUCGUGCCAGAGGUUCUACAUCGCGAAAGCUGGGGAUACUUGUGGCGAGAUUGUCGACAGCUACGGCACCUUUUCUCUCGACGAUUUCAUCAAGUGGAAUCCAGCCGUGGGCAAGGACUGCGGGGGGUUGUGGGCAGCCUAUUACUACUGCGUUGGUGUUCCUGGCACUCCCACCUCUACGCCGUCCACGUCCAGCACACCGACAUCGACUGAGCCGGCCAAUGGGUAA